UGUCUAUUCACUACGAGGCAGUGCGCAUCACUAACUGUGGCUCUCUCUACAUUGCGCUCCAAGGUCUCAUAUGAAAUACCAGAUGUAGUUGAUAUUACUCUGCUGGUGUAAGUGAACUUCGCUUUGGAAUCAAGACAGCUGAGGCUACUUGUACAGCUUCGUCGUCUUGUGAACUCAGAUAUACUUGUUGUACUUCUAGACUUAUCGUAGUGUGGAGUAAGGCAGAGGUGCACCAAAGUCAAGAUGGCGUAUGUCUACUCUAACGCCCUCAACGUCAGCAUAGCGCUAAUUGUCUUUGGUUUGAUCCAGAUAACGAUGUUCAUUAGUUGCUUCUUUGGCUGCUUUGCUCCUUACCCGGUAGACUUCGCUUCUCCAGCUUGGAGUGGUGGAUUUGCAAUAUUUACAGGCCUUUUUGGUAUUUGUAUGAUUUGCACGUACAGAGAAAUCAAAUUGGCCAAAUUUUUCUUCUUUCUGAGCCUGGUCUCCAUGGUAAUUAGCCUGGGUUGUAUCGCUAUCACUGCUGCUCAUACGAUGGUCAUUGAGUAUAAGUUGGCAGACCAAGACGCCAGGGAAGGUUAUGAACCAGGAACACGUGGUCCAUUUAUUGCCACUGGAUUGGCUAUUAAUGGUGCCGUCAUCGUCUUUGGACUGAUUCUGAUGAUCUGUGCAUGCUACGCAAGUUGGCUCAACUGCUGCUGCGAGAGCAGACCAUCAAAGGGCUACACGAUGACAUUAGAAACUGUCCAUGUUGAGAACGCUCACAAGGUUGCACCAACUGAGAAGUCACCUUAGGAUCAACAGCGCAUGCUCGAUGACCUUUCACCCACGUUACUUCUGCCCACUGAGGUCUGAGCAAGUCUCCCAGUGGAAUAGCCAAUGAGAGGCCUUGAAUGACUUUACUUCUACCGGGCCUGGUCCCUUUUGCCUUCUUUGUUUUUUACCUAUUUGACCUGAACUAUAUGUUCUUGAUGUGAUAUCAGGGUAUAAGGGAAGGUAGUCACCAAAGAUCACAAAGCGCCGCAAGGAGCAAGAUUGGCAAAAAAAACCUAUAUCUGUUGUUAGAGCGUGUGAAGUACAAUAUGGGCACCAUUUCGGUAAGCAAAUGUUUCAAUUGAGCAUUGAUCGCAUUACUCACCAUCUACAUUUAAAUAAAUUUGCAUCAACAGUUUGCGUACUAAAUAUGGCUUCCAGUGCAUACUUCACAUGUCAGCCCCAUAUAGCCACCAUCUUGCGCCGCUGCUUAACGAUCUUUAGUAGCGACCCAACCUCAGAAUUUUAAAACUGUUAUUACUCAUGCAUAAUAUUCUAAGCUAUUGAGAAUUUUUUGAAAGAUGUACAAUACUUGGUUGUACUGAUUUAUACUGAAUAGAGAUUGUGCCGAACCCAUGAAUGAGUAGCACGCUGGUCUAGCUAGCAAUCACUGAUCACUAGACCAGCAUGCACCUCAUUAAUCGCGUAAUGUGCCAAGAGGUUGAUGGGCCUCGUUAGCCAAUGGUGUCACCCAGUUUCUUUCAGUUGGAGCUCAUUCACUCGAUCAAGCAUGCAAUAUUUGACAUUGUAUUUUCACAGGAGUGACUUGAAAAGCAUAAUAUUUUUUUGAGUAUACUUUUGAAGUUUUUACCCAUUCCCCAUGUUGAUAGGUUUUAUAAUUAUUAUAAUGACAUUAAAAAACACAAUUGCUGCUUCAUAUUUCAUUUUUUUUAUUCAGUUAUGGUUUAUUGUUUUAAAACAAUUUAUAAGAUGAAGAAAGUUAAAUCGCAAGCUUAUAGUACAAGUUUUAGUUUGGUUUUUAACAGGUAACUAAAAUUGGAUGAAUUUAGGUUCACAAUAAUAUUGAGUUGUUUUCAGUUUUGUCAAAGUCAUUGCUUGUAAACUGCUUCUCUUUAAUUUGUGUUCUAGUGGAUAAAGUAGACAUUUGAAAAAUGUACAUAUUUUUUACAUCGUUAUUUGUUUACACAAGCUGCUAAGAAAUUUCACUUUGCUUUUAAGUUCUUUAUUGAGAUACAACUGUAUCUGGAAAUGACAGCCACUGACCUUUAGAGGUUCAAUGUCACAUUGAACCUCUAAAGGUCAGUUGAGGUCAUUUCCAUGUCAAGCUGUGUCAGAAUUAGAGGCUACAGCUCCGGCUAAUGCUAUGGCUUCAGCUAUGGCUAGAUUUCCACUGUUUUGUUAUG